UCGCAUUAUGUCAUACACCGUUAUACUCAGAGGUUGUGUGUUCAAGCCAUCAUGUGGACGGAUUGGUUUGAUCUUGUAGUACAAGCCGGUUUAUUAACAAGUGCAAUCGUUGUGUAUUUAAUAUUCUUUGGGAAAUCUUCGAACAAGAGGAGUUCGGGGUGGAAUUAUCUUAAAUAUAUUGCCGCACGUUACACCGUAAACCGAUGGAAGCGUACCGUGCGGCCUGGACCACUCUACGAUGGUCCACGACCCUGGCAAAGUAAAGGUUUUGACGGUUUCACAUUUAAGACUAGUGCACCCGACGGUACAGCUAUCGUUCUGACUAUAAAAAAACUCUAUGGGCCGACGCAACUUGCUGAAGUCUACAUAUAUGUGAAGUUACUGGACGGAACUUACAAGGUGCCUCAUGAUUCGGGAACGUCGAUUAGUUCUUGGGAGGAUGUUCCAUCGGGAUGGAGGGGAGGUGGUCUCAAGGUUGAAAUACUGGAGCCGCAAGAUCGUUGUAGGAUAUCAUUCAAUGGGCUCCUUGUAUGCAAUGAAGACGGUGUUAUACGACAUGUGAAAUUUAAUUUUAUCUGGGCAUCUGCUACCAAAGUUACGAGAUACCCUAAAGACUGGAGCAACAAUCUCGUUGCGGAAUCUCUAGUUUUGCAACCAUGUGAUGGACCAUGGCAGGAAUCGUUGAACAAAUGCAUCGAAGGCUCAGGAAGCUGGUCGCAAUUCGGAGCAUUACAAGGAAGGUUCCAGGCCUUUGAAGAGGGGAAGAUAGUAAAGAGCCAAUAUCUCAGGUGUAGAGGUGUUAAGGAGCGUUAUUGGAUAGCCACAGAAUAUGGACCAAAUCGGGCGAUAGCUAUCACUGCCGCAGCAAAAGAUGGCACUGUCCUCAAUCUCCAAGGGUUUUGCUUUAACGAUAUUACUCAAUGUAUCUCAGGCACGGUGAGAAUGCCUAACUUCAGCUUACAUGCGAUCACGUCAGCUAAUUUGGACUUGAAGGAAUUUUGUGAAACGGCCGACGAGAUACCAAAGACGUAUUCCAUAAAUAUCAAAGCUGGAAAUCGGUGCCUGAAAGUAAUUCUUAGGAUACCCGACGAAGGCUCUAGUCUGAUGAGUGGAAUAUACCAACAGCACGAAAUCCAUUACCGAAUGAUCUUCGUUGAAAUAUAUGGAGAGCAUGGCACUGGUUUAUUGGAAUUGCAAUAUGAACGUAAAGAUAAGCUCUCAAGUCCAUUAUCUAUGAAGUCGGACCAUAAGUUGAAGUGGGUGGAGUUAAAAGAUGUGCCAGAAUGCACCCAAUAUUGCGUAGGAUUUGAGGAGUGUGGAGCCAGUUGCGUCCAAUUGGUUGGAGGAAAGGGAGCCUCUUUAGCUCUACUGGCUUCUGUGCAACAUGAGGAGAACUAUCAAGUGCCUCCAGGGUUUUGUAUAACUACUAGAGCUUUGGAUAAAUUCCUUGAUUUACAUUCUGACGUGAUGGCCGCCAUUAAAGACAUAGAGGCCGCUGCGGUGGAUUAUGAUGAAGUCACUUUCAAGGACAAAUGCCAAAAAGCUACAGAACAAUUUUUAUCCAAAGAAAUAUCAGGAGAACUAAAAGACGAAAUCAUAAAAAGUUUAGAAGUAUUAAAAACCAACUGCCUCAGUACCGAACCACGUUUUGCAGUAAGAUCUUCUGGCGUGGGUGAGGAUGGCGAAGCAUUGUCAGCGGCGGGACAAAAUCACACAGAAUUGGGCGUACGCUCGUCUCGAGAUGUCCUACGGGCUGUUCAGACUUGCUGGGCUUCCAUGUUUGCCUUCAACAGUGCCUAUUACAGAAGGCAAAACGGUCAGCCGUGUUGUGUGCAGGGUGGAGUAGUAGUACAACAGUUAGUAGAGGCCCAAACGGCUGGAGUCAUGUUCACUUCUCAUCCACAAUACGGGGAUCCUUCAAGGCUUUUACUUACUGCCAACUAUGGAUUGGGAGAGAGUGUGGUAUCGGGUAUGGUAGAACCUGAUACGAUAGAAGUCAAACGUAGCAUGGAUGGGACAGUAUCUAUAGCACACAUUGAAGUGGGUAGCAAGGCGCAAAGAAUAGUAGCAAAGGAAGGCAAAGUGGAAUCGGAAGAUGUCUGUGAGGGGGAGAGAAGAACUUCAUGUUUGAGUGAAGAAGAGAUUAUGAAGCUGGCAAGACUAGGAAUACGACAGGAGCAAUUAUGGGGCGCUGGAAGAGAUAUUGAAUUCGCCAUUGGCAAGGACGGGACCAUUUACCUCCUGCAAGCUCGUCCUAUCACAUCUUUGGAAGCCUGGACUGAGGAAGAGUUACUGCAUGAGUUGGACUUUCCUGUUAUGUCUGAUGACGAGCUGAUUACUUUCGCUAACGUGGGAGAGGUUCUACCUAAGCCGUUCACAGCGCUAUCAUUUGACUUGGUGAUAUCUCCCUUAGAACGGGGUAUUUCUGCGCUAGUCCCUGAAGUCGACGACAAAUAUUGCAAAACUGUAGUCGUCACUCACAACAGAGGUGCUGUUGCCCUUUAUAACACCGUGUACCGGCGCGUGCCUAACACAAUCGACGUGAACCUGCGUAUGAUCGAAAUGUCUAUUCACGGUCACCGUGUGGCGGACGAUGUCAUUCUCAGUACAGCACUGCAUCGCCGUACUCCUGCCCGUACAGACCGACUGCGGUCAAUUCUUGAUAUGAUUAAGAAUCUCUUCAUAGCAAAAUGGAGGAUGAAUGAAACAGUUGAAGCUGUAGCGAAAUUAAAUAUUGAGUCGAAUGGUGAUAUUUUAGACUUGUGUAAAGCUAUCACUCAAUUGGAUAAUACUCGCUUGUUUAUGAAUCAUGGCGUUACUUCGGUUGCGAGCACUUUUACGCAGUUCAUAGCUAUGUCGGUACUUUUGGAAGGGAAAUCAGAUUUUUCACCGGAGCAAUGCAGCGAAAUAAGCGCAAUGUUGAACUCGGGUGAUGUGCUGUCAGCUGAAGUACCUCAGGCCCUGGCGACGUUGGCCCUGAUGCUGGAAAAAUCAGGAAGAGUAGAAGAAUUUAGGAAACAAGACCCGAAGACCGCUAUGCACUGGCUGGAAGUCAAUCUUCCUUCAGUAUACGAACGAGUCUCCGAGUUCCUUGAACAACAUGGAUAUAGAGCUAUUAUGGAAUUUGACUUAUCAACGAAGCCAUGGGCGCUGGUACCGGAAGAGAUGAUGAAGGUGCUAAUGCAAGUUGUCCCUGAUCAGCAGACUAGGCCCUCCCUCUCCAGGGAUGAGGUGAUUGCUUCGCUCAAAACUACACAAAAGCCUAAUACGAGAAAAGCUCUUCGUUGGAUCCUGCCUCUAUGUCACCGUACAGUGCGAUAUCGGGAGAGUACAAAGGCGCACGUAAUCCUCGCUGUUCACAAGCUGCGGUUGGCGGCUCUAAGACUGGGUCAACUCAUGGUUCGCGACUGGUAUCUGCCCUCUGCUGAGCUAGUCUUCCACUUCAGAACUCAAGAACUAAGAACCUACGUGCAAACGAGGGAUCCCGCCUUGUUGAAAAAAGCCGUCCAGCGUCGGAACUAUUACGAUAAAUGGGCCAAAUUGAAGUUUGCGGAGCUGAAUAAGGGUUGGGUGGAGCCAUUGACGACUGCAGUUAGAACGAGUGGGGGUAAAGGGGUGCGGGUUACGGGGACUUCCGUUUGUGGGGGAGAAGUUAUUGGCCGAGCAUGCGUCGUUCGGGACUUAGCAGAGAUUGGUGAGCUCCGUUCAGGAGACAUACUAAUCACAGCGUCUACGGACAUCGGUUGGUCGCCGUACUUCCCACUACUGGCUGGUAUCGUCACGGAACUUGGGGGCCUCAUUUCGCAUGGCGCCGUCAUUGCCCGCGAGUACGGUCUCCCGUGUGUGGUGGGGGCAGGGGGCGCCACUAACAUCUUCAGCACUGGAGAUACUGUCCGGCUCACUGCUGACGGAAUCGUAGAUACUGUUAGCGAAAAUAGCUAAUACCUUGAUAUCAAUUUUGCUAACAAAUAUUGUCAUGAUUU